UGUCCCGUCCCCCCCCACAAACAACCGCUGCGUGGGGUGCCCCCGGCCUCGUGACGCGCGGAUCCUCAAUGCCCGCCUUGUCCCCCGCGCCGCCCGCGUGACGCCGUGGCGGCCGGUGUCGAUGCCCCGUAACCCUAACGGGGGCCGGGUGUGUCCGUCUGUGUGUCCCCCCCCCCCCCACCCCACGUCCUCCCCACACCAGGGCGGGUGUGUGUGUGUGUGUGUCCCCCCCCCGGCUUUUUUCUUCGGCCCCGGCAUCAUGGCCCCCCGCCGGCUGCUGACCCUCGCCUCGCUGCUGGCCCUCGCCGCCGCCACCGCCGCCGCCACCCCGGGGUCCUCAUGGAGCGCCGUGCCCCGAAAAACCGUCCCCUACGCGGAGCUGAAGGAGGCGGCCAAGCGCUUCUCGCAGGGGGGGGUCUCGCACUACCUGACGCUGAUGCUGGACGAGGCCGAGACGUUGCUCUACGUGGGGGCGCGCGAGGCCGUCUUCGCCCUGGCCACCGGCACCGUGGAGCUCAAAGCGGCGAUCUCCUGGGAAGCCCCCGUGGAGAAGAAAGCCGAGUGCAUCCAGAAGGGCAAGAACAACCAGACCGACUGCUUCAACUACGUGCGGUUCCUGCAGAGCUACAACAGCUCCCACCUCUACGCCUGCGGCACCUACGCCUUCCAGCCCAAGUGCACCUACAUCGAACUCUCUGGCUUCACCCUGGACCAAGUGGCUUUCGAGGACGGCAAAGGGAAGUGUCCGUACGACCCCACCAAGGGACACACCGGCCUCAUCGUGGACGGGGAGCUGUACUCGGCCACCUUCAACAACUUCUUGGGCACGGAGCCCGUCAUCCUCCGCAACCUGGGCCCCCACUACUCCAUGAAGACGGAGUAUCUCACCUCCUGGCUGAACGAGCCCCACUUCGUGGCUUCGGCUUACGUGCAGGAGAGCGCGGCCAGCAGCACGGGGGACGACGACAAGGUUUACUUCUUCUUCAGCGAGCGGGCGGUGGAGUACGACUGCUACGCCGAGCAGGUGGUGGCCCGCGUGGCGCGGGUCUGCAAGGGGGACGUCGGCGGCGCCCGCACCCUGCAGAAGAAGUGGACGACCUUCCUGAAGGCUCGCUUGGUUUGCUCGGCGCCCGAACAGCAGCUCCAUUUCAACCGCCUCCAGGCCGUCUUCACCCUGCCGGCGCCCGACUGGCAGGACACCACCUUUUUUGGCGUCUUCCAGGCCCGUUGGGGGGACGUGGACGUCUCGGCUAUUUGCCGUUACCACAUCCUGGAGGUGAAGAAAGCCUUCGAGGGGCCCUACAAGGAAUACCGGGAGCAGGCGCAGAAGUGGGGCCGGUACUCGGAUGAAGUGCCGAGCCCCCGUCCCGGCGCGGUGAGCGCCGCCGGCGGCGGUAGGAAGGGAGGAGAAGGCGCGGGAUCCGUCCGCGCGCCUUAUCGUCCCCCUUCCGUCCCCCUUCUGUCCCCCCAGUGCAUCACCGACUGGCACCGCCAGAACGGCUUCGCCAGCUCCCUCGAGCUGCCCGACAACACCCUCAACUUCGCCAAGAAGCACCCGCUGAUGGACGAGCCCAUCCUGCCCCACCGCGGGCGCCCGCUCCUCCUCAAAAAAGACGCCAACUUCACCCAGCUGGUGGUCGACCGGGUGGCCGGCCUGGAUGGCACCGUCUACGAGGUGCUCUUCAUCGGCACAGGCGACGGCUGGGUGCACAAGGCGCUGAACCUGGGCGCUCGCGUCCAUCUGGUGGAGGAGCUGCAGGUUUUCCAGCCGGCGCAGCCCGUGGAGAGCUUGGUCUUGGCCGGGCGCAAGAAGCUGCUCUUCGCCGGCUCCCGUUUCCAGGUGGCCCAGUUGCCGCUGGCCGACUGCGGCCGUUACCAGUCGUGCACGGAUUGCGUCCUGGCCCGGGAUCCCUACUGCGCCUGGAGCCGCAACGCCAGCCUCUGCGUCCGCACCGACGGCCUCAACGGGUCCCAGCUGGUGCAGGACGUGCUGAGCUCCGACACCCGCGCCUGCACCCUGCCGCAGGUGGCCAAGCAAGGACCCAUCACCCCCAAAAACGUGACGGUGGUGGCCGGCACCGACCUGGUGCUGACGUGCCGCUUGGGUUCCAACCUGGCCCAGGCGCUGUGGACCUUCGAGGGCCGGGCGCUGGCGGCCGAGCAGGCGCUGGUGCUGCAGGACGCCCGGCUGCGGGCUCUGGUGGUGCCGGGAGCCGGUGCCCAACACAGCGGGACGUACCGUUGUUUUUCCGAAGAACAAGGCGCCCGUUUAGGAGGCGAGGCCUACCGGGUGGCCGUUUUAGCCGGUCCGGGGCUACCGCUGGAGACGCGGGCGCCGUUGGAAAGCCUGGGCUUGGUGUGGGUGGUGGCCGUCUGCCUGGGCGCCCUGUGCCUGGUUUUGGUGCUGGUGGUGCUCUCGCUUUGGCGACGGUUGAGGGAGGAACUGGGCAAAGGCGCCAAAGCCAUCGAGAGCACCCUGGUGUACCCCAUCGAACUGCCCAAGGAACCCCCCAGUCCCCGCUUCGUCCCCAGCGCCGCCUCCGACUCGGAUGAGAAGCUCUGGGAUCCGGCGAGUUAUUACUAUUCGGACGGUUCGCUUAAAAUCGUCCCGGGUCACGCCGCCUGCCGUAACGGCGGCCCGGCCCCUGCCGGCGUCUCGUCGCCGUCCCCCAACGCCAUCCCCGGGCAACCCCUCCAUUCGCCCACCCGCAUCCACCUGGGACCCUUGCGGGGUUCCUCCUCCAACGGUUACAUCCGCCUGGCGCUGGGUGCCGAGGAACGGCCGCCCUGCGCCGAUCUGGCCGAGGAGCUGCGGCGCAAACUGCAGCAGCGCCAACCCCUGCCCGACUCCAACCCCGAGGAAUCUUCGGUCUGAGCCGGGCGGCCGUGGCCGUGGCCGUGGCCGUGGCCGUGGCCCCCCGCAGCCAGCUGCCACCCCCCCCCCUCCCAAGCCCGCCAGCCCUACCUACCUCAGGGACCGGCGCCGGCGCCCGCCGCGGGGACACCGGUGCCCGUACCCACCGCGGGGACCAACCCCCCACACCCCCCACGUGGCAUCAGCUUGGGGACACGGUGCCACCCUG